UCUUCUCCUUUCUUCUCCCAUUCCGGCCAUUGUCGUGCUCCUCCUCCGCCUCUCGCGGUGGUCCGAACUGCCCAUCCCGCCGCUGGGAUGUUGUAAGUAGCAAAUUGUCCAGAUAAGAAGACCACAACCGGAAACAAUAUGCUUUGUCAUUGUGCAAGGUUUCUGUGCUUCUAAGAUUUCGGCAAUCAGAACUAAAGGCCAUCAAGUGCAUACGAGGAUUGAUUAAUUCGUUGGUUGCUUUAGUGGCUUCCGAUAAGGAUUCUUGGAGGAGCUAGCUCAAAUGUAGCACGGCUUAGACCGCCUGAUGUUUCCCCUCAGCCGUGGAUUUGGAGGGGAAGCCGUAGGUUCUUGUUGAGCUGCAGGAAACGGAUGCUGCUCUCCACUUGCUCCGGCCGUUGACGCACUACGGAACCAACCGGCAGGACCAAGACCCCGCCGCCUCGGCAUUGUGACGCGCAGGUAGAGGCCGAGAGCAUCAGUAGCGCUGGAGAAUACAGAGAGAGGAGUGGUGGCGCGGGUGGAGACACAGGGGAGCUGAGGAGGCGGCUGCUUAGUCGGAGUCAGCAGCUGGCCGGCACGGAGGCGCUGGACAGCAGAGAAGGGGAAGAACUCUGCGAGCAAGGGUAUUUUGGUCAGAGUGGCGGUCAAGUGAGAUGGCGGCGUCGCUCUCCAGACCCCUCCGCCUCCGGCUGCACGGCGGCGGGGUGCACCGUCUCCUCCCCUCCCGCGCCUCCACUUCCCACGCCCCAUCACCUGCACCUCCCCCUCCCGGCGCCGCCGCGCCGCCGCCCCCAGGGUCAGGGAAGGAGGCGAGCGCGUGGUCAAAGCUCUUCCUCUUCGCGCCCGGUGCCAUCACCUUCGGCCUCGGCACAUGGCAGCUCUUCCGGAGGCAGGAGAAGAUGGAGAUGCUGGAUUACAGGACGCGGAGGCUGGAGAUGGAGCCCGUCGCGUGGAACGAGACGGCAUCGUCUGCGGCCCUGCGUGAUCCAGCAGCGCUGGAGUUCCGGAAGAUCGUGUGCGAGGGCGACUUCGACGAGGAGAGGUCGGUGUUCGUCGGGCCUCGCUCCCGGAGCAUCUCGGGUGUGACGGAGAAUGGGUACUAUGUGAUCACUCCGUUGGUCCCUCGGUCGACCGAGCCCGGCAGUUUGCAGUCACCUAUCCUUGUGAAUAGAGGAUGGGUUCCACGUGGAUGGCGUGAUAAAAACAUUAAGGGCAACCAAAUCCAUGAUGAACCUUCAGAAUCAAAAGUUGUCAAAAAGACGGAUGAAAAAAGUUCGUGGUGGAAGUUUUGGUCUAUGGAACCUAAAUUGACUCCUGAGAUUGAAAAACCUGGAAAACCUCCUGUAAGAGCUAUUGGAGUAAUCCGAGGAAGUGAGAAGCCAAGCAUAUUUGUUCCAGCUAAUGAGCCCAGUGGUGGCCAGUGGUUUUAUGUGGAUGUUCCCAUGAUUGCUCGUGCUUGUGGGCUUCCCGAAAAUACUGUUUAUAUAGAAGAUAUAACUGAAGAAAUCUCUCCGACAAACCCUUAUCCUGUUCCAAAAGAUGUCAACACCUUGAUUCGUCACUCAGUGAUGCCACAAGACCAUCUUAAUUACACCUUUACAUGGUAUUCUCUUUCUGCUGCUGUGACUUUCAUGGCUACAAAGCGGAUAAAAGCAAAGAAGGUUAGGCUAUAGCAGGAAUGGAGUCCAAACUGCAUUACUGGGUACUUGCGUAUUGAAACCUAUGUUUCUGCUGCUCUGGAAGAUGCCCAAGCUACUGUUUCUUUCCUCUCAAGCAAUAAGUACAAUGUUGUUCUCUUUGUUUCGGUAUGGUGUACAUUGAUUAGCAGUAUCUCACGGUUGAGCUCAGAGGAUACAGCAAUUUUGUUAGCCUAAUUUCUGUUGGAAGGAAGGCCUGUAAUAUUUUGUUAGCCUAAUCUUGUAGUUUCGUUGUAAUAUUUUAUCAGGCAGCUGACAUACAGGGUAGCCUAAAUCAUGUUCGUUGUUCUUGGUUC